UUCAACAAAAAUAAUGGAGGACGAAUCGUGUCAACGUAUCAAAGCCUAUCAAUGGGUUGCCAACAUUGCAAUGUGCUUUGCAAUUGUAUCGGUACUCACUGUAUGUGUGUCGAUGCCUGCAAUUUAUAUGUACAUGUUCCAUGUCAAGCAGCUCAUUAAUACUGAAGUUGUCUCUUGUGAGGAUCAUGCUAGAGAAAUUUGGCGUGAGGUUGAGAUCAUGAAGAACUUGCCCUUCACAAACAGAACAUCUCGAUUCCCAAGACAAGCCGCUUACAAGGAUGCUGCACCAGCUGGAGGUGGAGGUGGUGGAGAAAAAUAUAGUGAAGCACCUCCAGUUAUUGAAGCUGCUGGUGGAGGAUCUUGUGGAGGAUGUUGUCCAGGAGGACCUGGUCCAAAUGGAAAACCAGGAAAGCCAGGACGUCCAGGAAAGCCGGGAGCACCAGGACUGCCAGGUGUUCCAGGAAAGACAACAAUUCAAGCACCAUGUGAAGCUGCAUCACCACCGCCUUGCAGAGUCUGUCCAGUUGGAAUGCCUGGAGAGCAAGGAGUAACUGGAGCACCGGGAGAUAAAGGACCGGCUGGUCAGCCAGGCCGUAACGGUCCAGAUGGACCAAAUGGAGAACCAGGACCAAAGGGACCACCAGGACAGCCAGGAGCCGAUGGACAGCCAGGAAUGCCAGGAGAACCAGGAAAAGACGCACCACAAGAAGGAUCCCCAGUUCCAGGAGAUCCAGGACCGCCAGGAGAUUCUGGAAUUCCAGGACCACCAGGACCACCAGGAAUGGCUGGACCAGAUGGAAUUCCAGGAAUGGGAGGAGCCAAGGGACAAAAUGGACCAGAUGGGCCACCAGGAGCAAGCGGAGAAUCAGGACCAAAUGGACCACCAGGAUCUGGAGGAGGUGCCGGAGAGAAGGGAAUCUGUCCAAAGUAUUGUGCUAUCGACGGAGGAGUUUUCUUCGAAGAUGGAACAAGACGCUAAAUCACAAAUUUUGUUUUAUUUUAAUAAUAAACUUCAUUUUAAACG